UCUUUCCUUUUGGCUCCAGUGACUUGCCGUCGCACCAGUCUCCGCCUUCCCGGAUAAAACGCGGCUGCGCACGCUCCCUAGCUCUUCUCCCACGUCAACCGGAGCAACUACUUCUGUCCACCCAACCGGAGCUCCAUUGUGAAGAGUCAUGGCCGAGAUGAAGGAGCGCACUUUCCUUGCCAUCAAGCCCGAUGGUGUGCAGAGGGGUAUCAUCGGAGACAUCAUCAAGAGGUUUGAGACGAAAGGCUUCAAGCUUGUGGGCAUGAAAAUGCUCCAUGCCUCUGAGGACCUCCUGAUGCAGCACUACAUCGACCUCAAGGACAGACCGUUCUUUCCUACCCUCAUCAACUACAUGAGCUCUGGUCCAGUGGUUGCCAUGGUGUGGGAAGGCAAGGGUGUGGUGAAGACAGGCAGGGUGAUGCUGGGUGAGACCAACCCUGCUGAGUCAAAGCCUGGAACCAUCAGAGGAGACUUCUGCAUCGACGUUAGCAAGAACAUCAUCCACGGCAGUGACUCAGUGGAGAGUGCCAACAAGGAGAUUGCCCUGUGGUUCAAACAAGAAGAGCUGGUCAGCUACACUAGCUGUGCCUUCAGCUGGCUCUACUAAGCCUCUCUGGGUCCUGCAGCAGUCUUCACACUGGACACCAGUGAACCUUUUGCCUCAGAUUUCUUGAUUGGUUUUUUUUUUUUUUCCCUCACUUACCCCUCCAGCCCACUACUCAUCAUACUGUACAACAUUCCUCAGCUCCAUUCCUUUUUUUUUUUUUAAAGAAACAUUCCAUUCAUCCCCCUGACUCUACAGUGAAGUACUCGUAGACUAUACUGUCAGUUUUGUUAAAGUUGAUCUGCUUUCCAAUAAAAUGCUCACAAUAC